UGCCCUUGCUAAAGUAAUUGGCCUUGUGUGGUUCGGUGUAGAGCACAAAAUGAAACACAUCCCCCUGUGUUCACUACAGUAGUGAGCAGUUUAGGAUGCAGCCUUUUUGACGUCGAAUACGGAAGCGAAGUGUUUCAGUGUUGCAGUGUUUUCCUUCUUCUUUCCUGUCAGCUGAAACCUUCGUCAACAGGUGACAAACAUGACUGAACCCACGAAACAGGACAUUUCUGCCAUUUUUAAGCGUCUACGCGCAAUUGCUACGAAUAAGGCAUGUUUUGACUGCUUUGCGAAGAACCCCAGCUGGGCUAGCAUCACCUAUGGUGUGUUCCUGUGUAUUGACUGCUCAGGGACACACCGUUCUCUAGGGGUGCAUCUGUCCUUUAUCAGGUCCACUGAACUGGAUUCCAACUGGUCCUGGUUUCAGCUGCGAUGCAUGCAAGUUGGAGGGAAUGCCAGCGCUUCUGCCUUUUUUAACCAGCAUGGUUGCACUGCCACUGAAACCAAUGUCAAAUAUAACAGCCGUGCAGCCCAGCGUUAUAGAGAGAAGAUUAAGACAUUGGCUACUCAGGCCACAAGACAGCAUGGCACUGAGCUCUGGCUGGACAGUCAGGCUCCUCUCUCCCCUACAUCUCCUGUGGACAAGCAGGAAGACUUCUUCAGCCAGCACACACAGAAUGAUGGAAGCUCCUUUCAGCAAAAUCUUUAUCAACCACAGGAAACAACCUUGGAAGACAAAAAUAAUAAUGACAAUCAAGAAGGCCCUUCUGUUGAGCUUCUCAGUGUUUCUCCAAAAGCUGUUCCAGGUAAACUAACAUAUUACAAAAUGGCUUUAAUUGAUGAAGAUGCAGACAUUUAUGGUUUUAUUCCUUUUUCAGAGACUUCUCUUCUAAAAAAGAAGCCCACAGCAGCCAAAAAAUCUCUGGGUGCUAAAAAAGGAGGUCUGGGGGCUCAAAAAGUGAGCAGCCAGAGUUUCUCAGCACAGGAGAAGAGAGCUCAGGCUGUGGACAAACUGCGUGAAGAGUCAACCGCUGAGAAGACUGCCAAGCCUGAAGAGCCAGUUGUGACAUCUCUGAGUCUGGCCUAUCAGGAUCUGGAGCUCCAGAGAAAGAAGGAUGAGAAGAAGCUGUGUGGGCUUGACGACAAGAAGAAGGAGCAGGCAGAGAGGCUUGGAAUGGGGUUCUCCAACAGGAGUGGAGUAUCUCACUCUGUUCUUGCGGACAUGCAGACAAUUCAGCAGGAGACUCCCACUAUUUCCCAGUCCUCCUCCCGUUCCAGGAAGUACAGUGAGGAGGAGGAGGAGGAAGAGGGCUACUUCUUCAUUAGGACCUCCCCCAAAUAUAAUAAUGUUGAGCCCCAGUCAACUGAUCAGUUCUUCUCCCAGUGGGAGGACAUCAAAAAGAAAGAAAGAAAGAAACCAGAGCCUGAUAUUUAUUUGAGCUCCAAGACUUCAUCAUUCGAAGACAGGACUACAGCAAGGAGAAAAGCAGAGACAGGGCAAAUACCUGUCUCUGAUGAUGCCCAGAAGAAAUUUGGUGGUGCAAAAGCCAUCUCCUCUGACAUGUAUUUUGGUAAACAAGACGACGCUGAGUAUGAAGCAAGAACUCGACUAGAGCGUUUCUCCAACAACUCAGCCAUUAGUUCAGCAGAUCUGUUUGAUGAGCAGAAGAAACAAACUAGUACUUCAUACAGCCUGAGCAACGUGCUGCCCAGUGCUCCGGAUAUGGCCCAGCUGAAGAUGGGUGUCCGCUCUGUGGCUGGCAAGCUGUCCGUCAUGGCCAGUGGAGUGGUUUCAACUAUACAGGAUCGCUACAACACAUGAGCAUAUACACACUACAAUCAGAUAUAAUGCAUAUUAUUGUAUGUAGCUUUAUUGAGUAGAUAUGUAGGUGGUCAACUAUCCAUAGAGUUAAACCCCUAGCUCUAUUGGGAAGCAAAGUGAGGGGCAACUCGAAGAGCUUCAGGGUUUUUUUUUUUAACAAAAUUGGCAUCGCUUUUUGGGCACUUUUUGUUAAAUGAUAAGACAAUUUUUUUUUGCUUUUUGUAAAUAUUUUUGUAUUGUUUACAAAUUGCUUUUGACACUGUUACACAACGAUUAUACCAGAUUUGUCAUUUUUAAAAAGAAAGCUGAUCAGAAUGGAGCUUUGGGAUUAAACAGCUUUAUUUUUGUAGGUGUUCCUAUAUCUGUGCAUAACAGCGAUAAACACAGUGCUAAAUAUGAUUGGAUAUACGUGUUCCAAUAUAUAAUGUCUAUUUAUGGCUCAGAGACCAAGGAAUCCAACUGUGGUCCUGUCAAGUCACAAGUUCGGUGAUUUGCUUGGUGAAAGCCCAAAUCCACUAAGAUCAGAUAUGCAGGACCAGAGUUGGGUACUCUGUUUAUGGAUUUAUUUUGAUUUAAGAUAACACAAAUUGACAUAACGAAGCCUAUUUACACCUGCUUUUUUCCUUGCAUUUUGUAAAUGGGUUGUAACAUAUUCACGUGAUUCACACAUUGCCCGAUUUUCAAUUAUCCCGUUUGCGAUGUCAUGCAAUGUUAUAUCAGUUCACUUACACUUGUCCACCAGCUUCAUGUGUCAUUUCCUAUUUUAGUUCUUUCAGCCAAAAGAUAUCUGCUGUUUGCAAAUCAUAAUUUUGUGAGCUUUUUUUCAGCCCCACAAUUGGCAGCUAUUGAUCACUUCUGUUUUGUAUUAGAAAUGUAUUGCAGUGGAUUAGAAAGGGUUUUGUUUGUCAAAUUUAAUUUGUGGAGGCAGAUACAUUUACAAUUGCACAAUAUCUAACUUAAAUACAUCUCAGAAUUUUUUUUGAACAAAUCUUAUUUAGACACAUUUAUGGUACAUUUAAUGUAAAAAACUUUUACAUUUGCAUGUAAAAAAUACCAAUCAGGAAUAUAAGUUUGAUACUUCAGCUGAGUGAAAUAACCAAGUGUAAAUGCGCUCUUUUAUUGACUGUCAUCUGCCAUUGUUUUAAAAGUGGUGAUUGUUUCCGCUUUUGUUUGCCUUACUAUCUUUUGUUUAUACUGAUAUAUUCAGUUAUUAGUUGCAUGGGCAUUUUUAUUUGCUUGAUUUAUAAGCUAGUUUAUGUACUACAAAUUAUCAAGAAAUGUAAAAGGCUAAAUUGUGAACACUUUAUGCUGGGGAAAUCCUAAAUACAGUGAAUGCUGCAUACACACAAUUUCUUCUAAGAAGAAAGACUAGCAGAUGUGUGGAAGUUAUCAUUUAGAAGCAGUGUGUAGCUUUAUGCUUUAGCCAAAGUAAGCUGGUAAACAGCAUUUGCACUACAUGGGGUGAACAUUUGCUUAUAGAGUGCAAAAACUAUUCAUGCCAUUGCAAUUAUAAUAAUGGAUUAUUUGAACUGUGCUUUGAUCAAUAAAAGUUAAACUUUUGUGCAAA